UCUGAUUGGACAACCCAAGCUGAGGCCUCGCCCCUGUACUGUCUCCAUCUGUGGCCUUUUCUUUAACCACAGCAGCUUCCUGCUUAUCCCCGCUGAUUCUCAGUGACACCGUCCGACCGACUAUCUGUCUUCGUCCCAGUAACCAUGACUCAUGCGUAUCCCUUCCUGAGCACUGAGCAGAAGAAGGAGCUCAGUGGCAUCGCUCAGAGGAUUGUAGCUGCUGGAAAAGGCAUCCUGGCAGCCGAUGAAUCCACAGGCAGUGUGGCCAAGCGGUUCCAGAGCAUCAACGCCGAGAACACGGAGGAGAACAGGAGGCUUUACCGCCAGCUCCUCUUCACAGCCGACAGCCGGGUCGAACCCUGCAUCGGCAGUGUCAUCUUCUUCCACGAGACGCUCUAUCAGAAGACGGACAAUGGCAAGCUCUUCCCCCAGCUGGUCAAAGAGAAGGGCAUGGUGGUCGGCAUCAAGGUGGACAAGGGUGUGGUUCCCCUCGCCGGCACCAACGGAGAGACCACCACUCAAGGUCUGGAUGGGCUCUACGAGCGCUGCGCUCAGUACAAGAAGGACGGUGCCGACUUUGCCAAGUGGCGAUGUGUGUUAAAGAUCACCUCCACCACCCCGUCCCAGCUGGCCAUCAUGGAGAACGCCAACGUGCUGGCCCGCUACGCCAGCAUCUGCCAGAUGCACGGCAUCGUUCCAAUCGUGGAGCCUGAGAUUCUUCCAGACGGUGACCACGACCUGCAGCGCUGCCAGUAUGUGACUGAGAAGGUGUUGGCAGCUGUCUACAAGGCCCUGUCUGACCACCACGUCUAUCUGGAGGGCACGCUGCUCAAACCCAACAUGGUGACUGCCGGGCACUCCUGCCCUAACAAGUAUCGCCCCCAAGAGAUCGCCAUGGCCACCGUCAGCGCCCUGCGCCGCACUGUGCCCCCCGCGGUGCCAGGUGUGACCUUCCUGUCAGGCGGUCAGAGCGAGGAGGAGGCCACCAUCAACCUGAACGCCAUCAAUCAGUGUGCCCUGCACAGACCCUGGGCCCUCACCUUCUCCUUCGGCCGGGCCUUGCAGGCCUCUGCACUGAAGGCCUGGGGAGGCAAGAAGGAGAACGGCAAGGCCUGCCAGGAGGAGUACAUCAAGAGAGCCUUGAAUAAUAGCAAGGCAGCUCUGGGGAAGUAUGAGUCCUCUGGAGAGAAGGGAGCAGCUCAAGAGUCUCUGUUUGUGGCCGAUCACGCCUACUGAAGUCAGCCACCCACUCCACUCACGCCUUUCUACCACAUCUUCAGUCACACAGAUUAACCAACCAUUCAUUAUCAGUCCAUACAUGAAGAUAACCCAAUGAGUUCCCGGAUAGAAAACCAUUAGAAUACUACAAUACCCAUGAGCCCAGUACAGAUACUUUAGCCCUACCCUCCCUUUGAGGUGGACUUUGCCAGUGUUCUCCACCCUCACAGACUUGUAGGUUUGUUCCUUUCAAGUCUGAGUGUUUAAGGGCUCUCUAGACAUUAUCAUCAUCAUCCCUGCUUACCAGGGGGAAUGAAAUUCACUCAAUGGUAACUACAGAGAGGGAGGGUUUCAGGAUUUAGGUGGGGACCAGGACUAGGCCCUACUGUACUGCCUGACUUGGUGCGCUGUGUACUUAACCCCACAGAGAGGCAGAAGAGUUGCUCUGCAGAGUCGUCCUCAGUGACAUUGUGCCUUCAUUAACCAACUGAACUGCUGGAGGACACUUUGUAGAGGACGGUGUCAUGAAUAUACAGUAUUAGUGUAUACACUGGAAAGACAUUCAAAUAAAAUAUUCCAUAACGAA